UUUAUCAUACUCCAUGUAAACAAAUCAAUCACCCAUCGAAUAUUUGAGUUCAAUCGAAAAGCAAAUCCAAUUUCUGGAAGAAUAUUAUCUAAAAUUUGCAGAUGAGACUGACGCUUAAAUCAUAUAGAAAUUUAUUAAAGUCUACAAAUACAUCGACGAAGCAUAUAAAGUAAUUGAUAUUCCUAAAAUAAAAGAGUAGCUUCAUUACAGAAGAAGCCCUAUUUUAGACCUAUGGCUACUUCUACCAGACCACCAAGAAAUUCACAAGGAAAUUGGAGAACAAAAUAUAUUAUGAUAAAACAGAUUACGAAGCUACUCUUGAGAAAUUUGAAAGAUUAUAAAUCAAAUUAAUUCCUCUAUAUACAGAACUUAUUCUUGAUGCUCAAAAGCUUUAGAGGAUGGAUUUAGACACCCUCUUGGAUUCCAAUAUGGCUCAUCACAUUUACACCAAAAAAGAAUUGGGGUAAUUUUCCCUUUAAUUGUUUGAUUUCUUAAAUUUGGAUUUUAUCAAAGUACCUAAAAAUGUGCUGAGCGAUUUGAUAACAGAAAUCAUAAUGAAUUAUAAUGUAGUACCAUAUCAUAAUUUCACCCAUGCAUUCUAAUUAUCGCAACUAUUAUUUUCUUGUUACAUGAAAUCAGAUUUGAAGAAGUUUUGUAAUCAAUUAGAAAUAUUUUCUGCUAUUUUAGCCGGAUUAGGACAUGAUCUUAAUCAUAGUAAUGUUAUUCAUUUAAUUAUUUUUAGAGGGGGUCAACAAUUUGUACAAGAUAAAGAAAUCUAAAAAAUUCAAUGUGUUAACUUCAGAGAUUGCAGUUUUAGAAAAUAUGCAUUGUGCAACCUUUUUUAACAUCAUUUAAUUAAAUAGAUAACAUGACUUUUUUUAAUAUAUGACUAAUGAUGAAGAAAGAAACCUAGCCAAAAGAUUAAUUAUAACCUCCAUUCUAGCAACUGAUAUGGUAAUUAUCUAUGUAGUUAUAUCUUUAGAGUAAACAUAAUAAAUUGCUUGCAAAGUUUUAGAAGAGAGUCGAAUCCACAAAAUAAUUUGAAUAAGGAGAAAAGAAUGAAUUAAUAGAUAUGUAAAGAUUCUCAAAUGAAAGACUCGAGGAUCGUAUAUUCAUUCUAAAUAUUAUGGUUCAUGCUUGUGAUAUAUCAAAUCCAACGAUGAAAUUCAAUAAUUAUAUGAAUUGGUCGUACUUAUUAACCUAAGAAUUCAAUGAUUAAGUACAAUAUUUUAAUAAUCUUCUUUAGACUAUCAAGGAAGCCAAAGUUGGAGUGGAUGUUACAGGAUUCUUAGUUUACAAAGACAAACCCACUUAUUAUGGAGGCUAAGUCUUUUUUUCAAGUAAUUAUUGAAUUGUUACAUUUUAGAAACUUUUGUUUUCCCUUUGUGGUUCUAAAUUGGAGAGAUGUACCCAGAACUCAAAUAUUUAUCAGAAGAAAUCAAUAAAAAUUUAGAAAUUUUAUAUUAAAAACUCAAAUAAUAAUGA